AAUCCGACUUUAAUGUUCUCAGACACACGAUGGCUCAAAAUCUGUCCUUUGCCUCAACCUUAGUUUAAAACCAACAAGGCUGUUACUGUAAUUUACUGUAAUGUUACUGUAAUUUUACAGUGGUUGUCAUGUUUAUGCAGCUGGAGAUGACUCCACACAGCCAUGCCAUUUCUGACAGACUUUCUGUACUGCACACAGCCGUCCUGCUUACUCUCUGCCCCGCCCACUUAUCCUUCCCGCGUUUCCCUCUCACACACCGACAGGUGGGCGGGGUUUGUUCGCGCAGCGCCACCAGCAUGUUCGCUGAUUGGCGGCACUUCAGGGAAGGCAGAUCCUGACUGGAUAAAACCGUGGCGGCAAGUUAUAAACAUUCUGUGGUGACUGAGGACGUAUGAUUAAAACAUGAGGCAUAACCAGGCCUGCCGGCAGACUCCCAGUGUAGUUACAGUGUGUCUGAAAUCCAGCUCAAGAAUGCAGCAGAAGAAAAACAUUCAGGCAAAGCAUCCAUUAGCUAAUGAAAGCCAAGAAUGUCAUGAAAGAAAUGGGUAUAGUAACAAUGGACUUAAACGCCUAAAAGGGCCAUGUCUAAUAAUACAACGCAAAGAGAUGACCGCUUUUUUUAAACUUUUUGAUGAUGACUUGAUCCAGGAUUUCUUGUGGAUGGAUUGUUGUUGUAAAAUCGCUGACAAGUAUCUUUUGGCUAUGACCUUUGUUUAUUUCAAGAGAGCUGGAUUCCGUAUAAAUGAGUAUAACAGGAUGAACUUCUUUGCUGCAUUGUAUUUGGCAAAUACAGUUGAGGAGGAUGAGGAAGAAUCCAAGUAUGAAAUAUUUCCUUGGGCCUUAGGCGAAAAAUGGAGGAAGCUUUAUCCACAUUUUCUCAAGUCAAGAGAUGACCUGUGGUCAAAAAUUGACUAUAGAGCAGCAGUCAGUAGGCGGUGCUGUGAAGAGGUAAUGGCAAUUGCACCAACCCAUUAUAUCUGGCAGAGGGAGCGUUCAGAGCACCAUAGUGGAGCAGUUAGAAAUUAUAGUAAAGAUGAUGUUUAUCUGCCCCGUGGGCCUUCUGCUACACCACAAGACUGCACUGUCUGUGGUAAGAAAGGGAGACUGACGGUACUGGGUUUAUCAAAUUCAACAACUUCCUCAUUUAGUACCACAUCUUCCUCAUCCAGUACCACAUUACAGGUAAACAAACACAUUUUACCACAGAAUUCAUCACAAUCGUCGGGGGAGAAAAUGGUGAAUGAUCCACAUGGCUGCAGCAUUAAUAGAGAACCUCAUGAAAUCCACCAGCAGAGGAGACGCUGCAGCUCACAAGACAGAUCCAUGGAGUGGUUUACACAUAACAAAGAAUAAAGUCCGUCCUGAGCAAUAAUGGGGCUGCACUUAGCUAUACAGAGAUGUCC